CAGUAUGUAAAGAACAAGUUUAUAUAUUUAUGUUGUUGUUUUUGAUGCGUUUUGACUUUUGAAAUGUUUGUAAGGCUGGAUCUCUGCCGACGAUUGCUGGCUGUAACUCGUCGAACGACGAGAAAGAUCUGUAGUAGGACUUACACGCCUGAAUCAGUUUCGGUUACUGUUGGUGAAGAUGAGCAACUACGACCUCUGUAUCUGGAUGCUCAGGCAACCACACCAAUGGACCCACGUGUGUUGGAUGCAAUGAUGCCAUUCUUUGUGUCAUAUUAUGGCAACCCUCACUCCAGAACUCAUGCUUAUGGCUGGGAGAGUGAAGAGGCAACAGAAGCCGCCAGACAGCAAGUUGCUAAUCUUGUUGGGGCAAAUGCUAAAGAGAUUGUUUUCACAAGUGGUGCAACAGAGUCCAACAAUUUGGCUGUAAAGGGUGUUGCUCACUUCUACAAAAACAGAAAGAAACAUGUUAUUACAACCCAAACUGAGCAUAAAUGUGUACUAGACUCCUGCCGUUCAUUGGAGGCUGAAGGUUUUGAGGUGACAUAUUUGCCUGUCAAGACAAAUGGAAUUAUCGACAUGAAACAACUGGAAUCUGUCAUUCGUGCGGACACCUCGCUUGUCUCCAUCAUGGCAGUUAACAAUGAGAUUGGAGUCUGUCAGCCUGUCCAUGACAUUGGUGCAUUAUGCAAAGAAAAGAAAGUGUUUUUUCACACAGACGCAGCUCAGGCUGUGGGAAAAAUCCCGGUUGAUGUGAAUGAGAUGAAUAUUGAUCUGAUGUCAAUAAGUGGUCACAAACUCUAUGGUCCCAAAGGUGUUGGUGCGUUGUACGUUCGUCGGCGACCCCGCGUUCGUCUUGAGCCCGUGUUCAGCGGUGGCGGACAGGAAAGGGGCAUGCGCAGUGGAACGGUUCCUCAUGUGCUCGUCAUUGGUCUGGGAGCCGCGUGUGAAGUCAGUCAGCAAGAAAUGGAGUACGACCACGAACACGUGACGAGGUUGUCCAAUCGGCUUGUUGAUGGUAUAAUGUCGCAAUUACCGGAUGUCGUGAGAAACGGCGAUGAAGUCCGCACCUACCCUGGCUGUGUGAAUUUGUCCUUUUCUUAUGUUGAGGGGGAGAGUUUACUGAUGGCACUCAAGGAUGUCGCCCUUUCGUCUGGGAGUGCUUGUACAUCCGCGUCACUGGAGCCUUCCUACGUCUUGCGCGCUAUUGGGACUGAGGAUGAUCUGGCUCAUUCCUCGAUUAGAUUUGGCAUCGGUAGAUUUACCACAGAACAAGAGAUCGACUACACAGUUGAAAAAGUUGUCAGUCAUGUGAAACGAUUAAGAGAAAUGAGUCCGCUUUGGGAAAUGGUGCAGGACGGCAUUGAUUUAAAGACCAUCAAAUGGACGCAGCAUUGAAGUAUUAAUAUUGUAUUACACGUUCUACUUUGGAAUGAGCGACUUGUUUCUCCAUAUUCUAAGACGUGAACGAUUAGCGAUCACGAGCAACGUAGUAAUUUGGGCCUUAGGAGCUGACGUUGUGGGGAAAAUAUAUAAUUAUGAGACAAUAGCGAGGUUGGGAAAUACUGAACAUAUACACAUAGAAAUUCGGCAAGCGUUCUUUUGAGGAUGAAGAACUUCUGUUUAUAGGGAAUUGAAGACUCGUUUUACGGAUAUUUAGACUAUAAUAUGCUUCUUGUUGAAUUAUAUUUUAAAAGUUAAAACUGUUCAAAAAGACGCGUUAGGGACAACUUAAUUGUAUGUAUAAGAACUUCUAUGUAUUUCUAAUUUAGUUGAAUCGUAAGUUACAUGUAUGUUUGAAUGCGUGUCUCCGUGAAAUGCAGUAAUAAUCCAGCGACUGUUUUGGAGAGCCAAUGUUUGAUAUCACGCAACGAUUGAAUUUGCAUUCAUUUGUUGAUAUUGCCUCAUCUCCCUUGCCAUAGCCUUCAGGUGUGAACAAUUUAAUUUUUUAAACUCAGCAAAUUCAUGAAUUAGUAAUGAGGUUUCAAAGUAAUCUCUUAACAGUUUUGUCUUCAACGUUUU